AUGUGCGAAUUGUUUGCAGUCGCACCCGCUACGUUCGCACGCGUAUUGGUGAACGCCGAAAAAGCCUUGUCUUGUGCUUUAAAGACAAUGCCGGACGCGUCGAUUCGUUGGCCGACUUUCGCUCAGCAAACGUGUUGGGCCCAAGCAACUGAAGCCCGCGAACAACUUGUGACCGGUGUCUUUGCAUUCGUCGAUGGAAAAAAUCUCCCAGUUCGGGAGCCGUCGUCAUCGGAUUUGCAAAAUGCGCAUUACAAUGGAUGGCUGCAUUCCGUGUUUGUGACGGGACUGCAGGCUAUGAGCGACUCGAUUACAUCACUACGACAGGCCGCCGAGUGGGGAAUGGGAGCUGCGGUCAAAGUUACCGCCAACUAG